UACUGCUCACACAUCAAUCAAAAGUUAUAUCAAGGAGUAUCAUUUAAUCAAGCAAGUUGAGUGAACCAACUAAUAAUCUAUGUUUCUUUCAAAAAAAAAAAAAAAGCUAAUAAUCUAUGUUUAUCAAUCAAUUAAUUAAUUAACAUUACUUCACUAACAUUAAAAUAGAAACAAUUCAUCAAGAAAUACCAAUUUCUUACACCAAAAUUUCCAAUUUCCCCUAAUUUGCAUUUCCAUAAAACGCAUCGUUUCACCCUGAAUAAGUGGUAACCCAAACGAUGAAGUGUCGAAAUCCAAUUGGCAACACCCACGUAACCCUAAAACUUCCCACCCAUAAACAAAUCCUCUAACCCAAACACGCCCUUACAAUUCUAAUCCCAAGGGUAUUUUCGUCAUAUUUUUUUUAAGGCUGUAUUAUCCUACGCUCGCCUCCUUUCCGAUAAAACAACAAACCCUCUCUCUUCUCAUUUUCUCUCUCCUCCACAUUUUUUUCUCUCCUCUCGAUCGAGAUCCUCCGUCGCCGGAAUCUUUCGCCGGCGGUUUCGCAUUCUUCCGGUAACCGGAGAUUCUGUUCGUUGUGAUUUUCUUGGUUGUGUUGUUAUUGCAGCGGUUCGUUUUAUGUGGAUUGGUGUUGGAUUUUUGAAAUUAGGGUUCGGUUUUAUUGCGGAUUGAAUUUGAGAUUUGGGAAGAUUUGCGGAUUGGUUUUGGAAGCGAGAUUUGAAGGUUUUGUAAUGUACGUAUGUUUUUUGUUUGGUAGAAGUUGUUUUUCGAUUUGAAAAAAUAAAAUAAAAAUUAGGGUUUGAGAAAGGGAGGAAAUUAGGGUUUUUGUUGAGUUGAUAAAGGGUUUGAAUUGAGGAAAUAGGAAAAAUGCCGAGAAGUUCGCGACAUAAAUCUAGCAAGCAUAGUUCAAGGGAAGCGAGGGAUUACUCUGAUUCGGAGAAAGAUUCUGGAUUGAAGGAGAAGAAAGGGAGGGAAGAUGGUGAGAGUAAUAGUAGUAGUAGGCAUUUGAAGGAGUCUACUUCUGGUGAGAAACGGAAAAUUGAUUCGAAAUCGGCGGAUGUGACGAAGGAUUUGAGUGGUGUUGUUGUGAAUGUUGAUAUUGUUGAGGAGUAUGUUGCGCCUUUGACGUCGAAGAAGCGGAAAGAGAAGGAGGAUGAUGACCGGUGGACGGGAGGUGAAAUCGAGCACGAUCUGUCUAAAAGUGAUUCAAAAAGGUCUAGUAGGAGAGAAGGGAGUUUGGUGGCGGGUGGAGAAGAAGGGAAGAGAAGUGGAAGUAAGGCGGAGUCGAAGCACCAUAGGUCUGAUAGGAAAGAGAGGAAUGAAAAAGAAGGGGGUUCGGAGCGGGAUAGGAAGGGCAGUAAAAGUGAGAGAUUGGUGGUUGGUGUAACUGGAAAUGAGAAUGUUGGCAAUGAAGGGAAUAGGAAACAGGGCAGUGGAGAAGAGCGUGGUGGAAAGCAUGGUGUUGGUAAUACUGACCAUAUCAUACAAGAGGAAGUUCGUAACACUGAUACAGAGAGAGAUCUCGAUCGACGAGUUAGAAGGAAAAGAGAUGGUUCAGGCGAUGGGGACAAGCAUCAGGAAAGUACUCGAGAACUGGAUGAUAGAAGAUUGUCUUCUAGGGAAGAUAUUGUCAGAUCAGGAAAGUAUAAAGAUGAAAGUCACAAGGAUGAGAGAGGUAGAGAUAGGUACCAAGAAGAUAUAGAUAAGGAGAAUUGGCAUCAGGAUGAAAAGCAGAGGGAUAAUCGGGCUACUAAAGAGCAUAACAGUGUCAGGUCAGAGGAUAAACAUCUAAAUGAAAAGAAAAAAGAUUUGGAUGUGUCCCAAAAGAAAUCUAAGCCCCUAGGCAGUGAAUAUGAACGAGAGUCAGAGCGAGAACGAGACCGUGAUAAUGAUAGAGACAGGGUUCGGGACCGAGAGCGGGAUCGCUCCCAUCAUGAUCGGGAUCGUGAACGUGACAGGGACCAUGAUGACCGGGAACAUGAUCUUGAUCGUGAGCGGGAUCUUGAACGUAGCUAUGAGCGAGACCGUGAACUAGACCGGGACAGGGAACGCGGCCGUGAUCGUUAUCACCGCGAACGUGACAGAGACCGAAACCGUGAUCGUGAUCACAACCAUGAUCGAGGCCGAGAUCGGGAUUAUGAUCAUGAAUAUGGCUCCCAUGUUGAUGAUAAAAGCUCUAGGUACAAGGACGAUAGAGGGAGGAGAUCUAUUGAGGGGUAUGAUGACUAUCAUGGUGAUAAAUCUAGAAGGGUAGAGUCAGAGGUUGAUAAGGAAAGAUCUUUAUCCCGAAAAGCACAUAUAGACAGUGUUGUGAGCAGCGGUCGACGUAGGUCCUCACCCAAUUCUAGGGCUUAUGUUAAUACAGAUAAAUACAGAGAUGGAAUCCAAGAUGAGGCUAAGUAUGGAGAUUCCUCGAGAGAUGCCCUUACAUCUGAGGCACUUGAUAAAGUUCCUAAGUAUCGAUCAGGGGAGAAACGCACCAAGUUUGAUGACAAUCAUGUUGGAGAAUCAUCUGAAAGAUCUCCAAAUGCCAAGGCUUCUCCUGCAGGUUUGAAGGAAAGAUCUCCUACAACUAGUGUUGAUCGCAGAUUUCAAAAUAGAACUAGCAGGAGAAGGAGCCUUGAUGUUGAUGAGGCUGAGAGGAGGAGCAGUGGCUCCAAUGAUGUAAGAGAUUUUUCUGGUAAUGAGGACCGACAGGGUAGAGAUUUUUCUGUAAAGAAGCCUACUGGGGAGGAGUAUCCUCCAGUAGAAUCUCCUUUUCACCAUAAAUCAAGUCAGGGCAAUAUUUCAUCUCACACUCCUGGUCCAUCUGGGUUCAGGAGUGGAGCUGACAGUCCUUCCUUCAUGGGAUCUUUAGGAGAAGACACUAGAGGUCAUUCAGGAAGCCGAUUCAGGAGAAGUGUUGAUCCCAAUGUAGGAAGAGGGCCUGGAAAUGGUUGGAAGGGGGCACCUAAUUGGCCCUCACCACUACCUAAUGGCUUUAUGCCCUUCCCACCAGGUCCUCCCGGGCCACAUCAUGGGGGGUUCCCACCCAUGCUCUCUCAGUUUCCUCCUCUAUUUGGUGUUAGACCAUCUAUGGACAUGAACCACCCUGGGAUGCCUUAUCAUAUGUCUGAAGGGGACCGGUUUUCUGGUCAUGUAAGACCUUUAGGAUGGCAGAAUAUGGUAGAUGGCCCAGUUCAUUUCCAUGGAUGGGAUGUAAGUAAUGGUGUCCUUAGGGAUGAGUCAUCCAUGUAUGGGCCUGGACAUCUUGCCAAUGCUCAAAGAAGGGACAUGAAUCCAGAUAUGUGGAAAUCAAAUGGCGAUCCGAAUAUGGAUUUGACAUCUGUGUCUCAAAAAGAUGGUCCCAUGGCUAAAGCAUCUAUGGACGAAGUUUCAUCUGUGCAGGGUGCUUCAAGGCUUAAUGUCGAAAGUAGUGUCUUUGAUGAGGGGCCAAGUCAAAAGAUGAUUACUUCAAGUGGUCCGUCAUCCACAAAGGAAAUUCCAAUGACUCCAGCUAAAGUGACUACAGAGAAGACUCCUGAAUCAUCUAGUGUUGAUGAAACUGCUCAAUCAGUGCGUGCAUACCUUGCUAAGCUUGAUAUUUCGAUAGAUAUGGCUGAUCCAGAAUUGUAUAAUCAAUUUAUUAACCUUGCUGUCAAGGGACAGUCCCAAUUAAUUGAAGAAAUGGAACUUGAAUAUACUGAGCAGGAGAGGGCAGUUGCUGAUUCAGAGAUCGCAAAUCUAUCCAUGGGUUUGACAUUUUUCCCUACUGCCAAAGCUUCUAUUUUUAAGAAAGCAAUGAAUCUAUACAAGACGCAGAGCACUAAAAGAUCAUUGUCUGGGAUACCUAAUUGGGAGAUCUUGCAUAGUCCCAAAGAUUCUGAGCUUGAGGCGGAACCAAUUUUGGCUCAAGAGGAUAAAUUAGACGAUCCUGUUGAUUGUAGUGUUAAUAAGGAAGAGCCUAUUCUGGCGGUUCCAGAAGUCGUUUCCACCACACCUGUGGUAGAAGGGAAAGAACCUGUUUCCAUAACCAGUGAUGAAGUGCUGAACGAUGAAUCCUUUGGGGGUGCUGAGCUGGAUCUUGGUCUUAGCAAUCAAGGACAAACACCAGUUCUCAUGGUGGAGAAAGUGGAUGAAGAAAUUAAGCCUGACAAGGAACUCUUGUCUGUUGAGAACACCUAUUCUGAUGAAUUUGAAUCAAACACCGAUAAAGAGAUUGUUGGUAAUGAAUAUGAUGAUGGUAUGAGAGGUGGUGCUAAGUCCGCCGCUUCUGAUGAGCAGUUGGAUGUUGCUGUAAGUGGUCCUUUAGUUAUGUCCCAUGAUUCUGUUAAAGUAUGUGAAACUUUAAUAUCGGUGUCAAAUGAGUCGGAUUCGGUAAUUUUGAGUCGGAUACAUCAUGCUCCUGAAAGUACACAUUGAAACAAUUUUUUUUUAAUAUUUUUAAUUUUCGUUUAAUUCUCAGCAAUUUUCCGUUCAUCCAUCCUUUCAUAUUUCUCUCUAUUAUGAAGAGAAAAUGUUAUCAAAGCAAUAAAAUCAAAAUGCAUCUGUGUUUUUUUUUUUCUGCCCCCUAAUAAGUGUUUCUUUUUUUCUUUCUUUGAUGAGCUGUUUUGCUUUUGUUUCUGCAUUUCCUUCAUGUUAUGUGCAUAAUUUUGACAUGAAAAAGAAUGUUACUUUUGGCAAGCAUCUGUAUUACUCCGUAUGUUGCCUAUGUUCCA